AUCUCAAUCUACAGCUAUAACACAUCGACAUAUUGAACUGAAACCAGAUGCAGAAGAGUUGUGAGAGUUUUUUUUACUUAUGUUUAAUUAUAAAAAAUGAACAGACAUGCUGGAGUGUAAUCUGGAGAAGGAGGUAUGAGUUUGUCUUUUGGACCACUAAUGGACAAAUGAUGGAGGGAACGAGAGCAGAAUCACCAGUACCCAGCCUUGGGUCCAGUAUUAGUGACCGAUCAAUGGAUUAUCUAAUUAACUUCAGAUCUGGAGUCAGUCCUGCUGAUGGAAGAAUGAUGGAGGGAACGAGAGCAGAAUCACCAGUACCCAGCCUUGGGUCCAGUAUUAGUGACAGAUCAAAGGAUUAUCUAAUUAACUUCAGAUCUGGAGUCAGUCCUGCUGAUGUGAGACUUCAUAAUAAAUCAGAAAAGAAGAGCUCAGUCCAGAUGUCACUAUUCCAGGAGCUGGAACACAAAAUCAUCACUCUGGUGAAGAAAGAGCUGAUGAGGUUAAUGAAGCUUUUGAGUCCAGAUUACCCAACAUGCACUGAGAAGGAGGAGGAGGAUGUGGAAGAUCUGGAAAGUCUCAGAGAGGGAGUCCUGAAGUUCACUCUGCACGUUCUAAAGAAAAUAAAACGCACAGAUCUCGCUAACACACUGCAAAACAAGUUGGCUUCAGAGCGUCAGCAAAAACUGAAAUCCAAACUGACAGAGAAGUUUCAAAGAGUUCAUGAAGGAAUCUCACAGCAUGGUUCAGCACCUCUGAAUGAGAUCUACACAGAGCUCUACAUUACAGAGGGUUGGAGUGCAGAUGUCAACAAUGAACAUGAGGUGAGACAGAUUGAGAAAGCAUCCAGGAGAUCAGCAGCACAGGAGACACCCAUCAAAUGUAAUGAGAUCUUUAAAGACAAGUCCAUCCGAAGUGUGCUGACUAAAGGAGUUGCUGGAAUUGGAAAAACAGUCUCUGUGCAGAAGUUCAUUCUGGACUGGGCUGAAGGAAAAACAAAUCAGGUCGUCAACUUUAUCUUUCCACUUCCCUUUAGAGAGCUGAAUCUGAUGAAGCAGAAACAUUUCAGUCUGACAAAACUUCUUCAUCAAUUUUUCCCAGAAAUUAGAAAACUAGAAAUAUUAAACUGUAACACAUACAAAAUCCUGUUCAUCUUUGAUGGUCUGGAUGAGUGUCGACUUCCGCUAAAUUUCCAGACCAAUGAGAGAUUGUGUGAUGUGACAGAAUCAGCAUCAGUGGAUGUUCUGCUGACGAACCUCAUCAAGGGCAAUCUACUUCCUUCUGCUCUCCUCUGGAUCACCUCUCGGCCAUCAGCAGCCAGUCAGAUCCCCCUUGAGUGUGUAGACCAGGUAACAGAGGUACGAGGGUUCAGUGAUCCUCAGAAAGAGGAGUACUUCAGGAAGAGGAUCAGUGAUCAGAGCCUGGCCAAUAAAAUCAUCACACACAUGAAGUCUUCCAGAAGCCUCUACAUCAUGUGCCACAUCCCAGUCUUCUGCUGGAUCUCAGCCACUGUUCUAGAGAGAAUGUUGGAUGAAGCAGAGAGUGAAGAGAUCCCUAAGACUCUGACUCAAAUGUUCACACACUUCCUGAUCUUUCAGAUCAAACACAAGAACCAAAAGUUCCAUCAGAAAUGUGACCCUGACCUUCUUCAGACCAGAGAGAGCAUCCUGGCACUGGGAAAACUGGCUUUUCAGCAGCUGGAGAAAGGAAACUUGAUAUUCUAUGAGGACGACCUGAGAGAAUGUGGCAUUGAUGUCAGAGAAGUGUCAAUGUCAGGAGUGUGUACUCAGAUCUUCAGAGAGGAGUUUGAACUUCACCUGGGGAAGGUGUUCAGCUUUGUGCAUCUGAGUGUCCAGGAGUUUCUGGCUGCAUUGUAUGAAUUUUUUUUGUUCAUCAACAGAAAUAUCACAGAACAAAACAAUGAACUUGCUAGUUGUUUUAGCAAGUCAAACAUGUCUGACCUCCUAAAGAGUGCCGUGGAGAAGGCCUUACAGAGUAACAAUGGACACCUGGACCUGUUCCUCCGCUUCCUUUUGGGCCUCUCACUGGAGUCCAAUCAGACACUCUUACGAGGCUUCUUGCAACAAAUAGAAAGUAGCUUUCACAUCAAAGAGGAAAUAGUCGAGUACAUCAAAAGGAAGAUCAACGGGAACCUUCCUUCAGAGAAGUCCAUCAAUUUGUUCUACUGUCUGAAUGAACUAAAUGAUCAUUCUUUAGUGCUGGAAGUCCAAACUUACCAGCAGAGGAGGUUAUCAUGUCUCACUGGAGUGAGUCUCUCUCCUGGUCAGUGGUCUGCUCUGGUGUUUGUGUUACUGAACUCAGAGCAGCAGUUGGAUGAGUUUGAUUUGAGUAAAUAUGUCAAAUCAGAGGAAGGUCUUCUGAGGCUGCUGCCAGUGGUCAAAGCAUCCAGAAAAGCUGACCUGUCUGAGUGCAGACUCACAGAGGAAAGCUGUAACGCUCUGUUAUCAGUUCUCGGCUCAAACUCCUCCAGUCUGAGAGAACUGAAGCUGAAUUUUAAUAACCUGCAGGAUUCAGGAAUGAAGAUUCUCUUUGCAGGUCUGAAGAAUCAACACUGUAUACUGGAGACACUGAGUCUGCAGUGUUGUAAUCUCACAGAGGAGAGCUGUAAAACUCUUUCCCUAGUUCUCAGCUCCUCAAAUCUGAAAGAACUGGACCUGAGUUACAAUUACCUUCUAAAGGAUUUAGGAGUGAUGCUGCUUUCUGCUGGGCUCCAGAAUCCACACUGUAAACUAGAGACACUGAGGCUGUGUUGGUGUGACCUGACGGAGGAAAGCUGCAGAAUUCUGUCCUCCGUUCUCAGCAAAAACUCUUCCAGUCUGAGAGAACUGGACCUGAGUAAGAAUAAUCUGAAGGAUUCAGGGGCGAAGCUGCUUUCUGAUGGACUGCAGAGUCCACAAUGUACACUGGAGAUACUGUGGAUGUUUAACUGCGGGAUUACAGAAGAAGGUUGUUGUGUUCUGCUGUCGGCUCGGGACACUUCACCUGAGGGAAGUGAAUCUGAGCCGCAGUUCCCUGGAGUCAUGAUUUCUUCUGAGCUGGUCUACUUAAGAAUCCAGUAAGUCAUUGACAUUCUUUCUUUACUCUCUCUUUUUCUCUCUCUCUCUCUCUCUCUCUCUCUCUCUCUCUCUCUCUCCCUCUCUCUCUCU